AUGGCAGCGCAGUCCCCUUCCCUUUCGGCCGACUACCGCGCAGAGGACAGAGGCCCUCUGGUAACCACCGUCAUCUGCUCGGUCGGGGGCGUCAUGACCCUUUUCGUGCUCGCCCGACUCUAUGUUCGCGGCAUCCUGAUGAGAAAGCUGUUUGCCGACGACUACUUCAUCAUCAUCUCCAUGAUUAGUUCGUGGGUCGCCAUUGGCAUGAGUGUCGAGGGCGCCAAAUGGGGCAACGGCCGGCACUUUGACGGCCUCACGCUUGAAGAAAAGUCCAAUGCCAUCCUGCUCGUCUCGGCCUCCUUUAUCCCGGCCAUCAUGUCCUUUGCCGUCCCCAAGUUCGCCGUCGUGGCGCUCUUGUGCCGCCUUCUCAACCCGGCCCGGUGGCACCGCAUCCUGCUCUGGUGUCUCUCCUCGCUCGUCCUCGUCAUCAUUAUCAUCGGUCCCCUGCUUCAUUUUACUACGUGCAAGCCGGCCCGGGCCCUCUGGGAUUUCACCGUCAAGAACCCUGUGUGCCGCGCUCCCGAUCUCAUCGUCAAGUGGUCGUUCUUCUCGGCCAGCUGCUCGGCCUUGAUGGAUCUCUACCUCGCCGUGUACCCCAGCACGGUCCUCUACAGCUUGCAGAUUACCCGCUUGAAGAAGCUCGCCCUCUGCGUUGCCCUGGGCUUCGGCAGUGCGUCGACAGGAGUAGCCAUCUACAAGACGACGCGGUUGAACUCGCUGGCCAGUCCAGACGUGACGUUCGACACGGCCGACUUGGUCAUCUGGACAAUCUGCGAAGGCAGCACGCUCAUCAUCGCCGCGUGCAUCCCCGUGCUGCAGCCGCUAGUCGACGUGCUGUCGGGCAAGCGCGUCCAGUACGACCAGUCGUCGGGCUACAAGCGGUAUGGGGGGUCGUCGGACGGCAAGUCGGCCUCCUCCUCGUCGCACCGCCACAACCCGGAGCUCGAGAGCGGUACUGCCACUACUCACAGCGGCCGCAGCCGGCUCAGGCCCCAAAACCCUGACGAUGAUUUGUUGCGCACCGUCGAGGACAAGGCUGUCGACAGCCAGGAGAGCAUUCUCCCCGAAAAGACAAGGCACGCUGAUAAUAUUACGCGCACGGACGAGGUCAAGGUCGAGUAUGACCAUGACACGACGGGCAUGCCGAAGAAGGGUCAGUGGAGGGGGUUUCAGAACUUGUAG